GGUUUUCGAGUAAACAAAAACGCGGGAGAGGUUGAAAUGGACGAUUAUGAUUUUGAUUCACAAUAUGCAGAUGAAUUAGAUGCUCUUCAAGAUUUCGAACCACCUAAUUAUUCACCAUGCAAACCAAAGAGAAGUUUAAAAUUUGAUAGUCCCAAUGUUAAGACUGCAAAAGACCUUAAUUCAAGUGCUAUAGAACCGUUUGACAGCCCAGAAAAACCAUCAAAUGGUGGCAGAUUGUCAAAUGGAACGCAUCAGCGGUCCGAAAAAAGACUCCGAAGUGAAGACGAGUAUGCCAACUUGUCAGGGUCUGAUCAGGAUGAAGAUUUCCCAACAUUAAAGAGACAGAAUAAGAAAGCUAGAACUGAAGCAUUUGAUAUCCCUCCUCCUCCUGUUAAUGGAAUAGAUAAAAGAAUAACUGACAUACGCAGGCAGUAUACUCAUCAGAAUGGAGAAAGAAAAGCUACUGAUUUGAUAGAUGAUUAUGAUUUAGAGAGACCUAGAGUUCACAAAAGAAUCCCAAGUGGAGAUUUCAUGUGCACAACAAAUUCAGAUGGGGAAAUGUUUUAUAUAAAACUCAAAGAUGAAAUAGCUAUGACAAAAGAGUUCGAAGAUAUUGGAAAACGAAAGAAAACAAGCCAGCUUCUCUCGGUUUCUUUUGAGACACUGCGCGAACAAGCAGAGAAACUGAGACAAGAAAAAUUAAUGGCAGAGGCAGAAAUGCUUACACAGGAAAUCAACAGGGACUUGUCGGAGAGACUGAGUGAAGAUGAAGAUGAUGAGGCAGAGAAAGCAGUGAACCAUGAAGCAGAGAAACUGCUGUGGGUGGAGAAGUUUGCCCCCAAGACCUACACCGAUCUCCUGAGUGACGAGUCUAUAAAUAGGACUUUGUUACACUGGUUAAAGCUUUGGGAUUAUGUGGUGUUUGGAAAAGAUGUCAAAUUAAAGAAGAAGGAAAUGUCCAAAAAGGGAAAAGAGAAAGAACAAAAAAAGAAGAAAUUUUUACCGGAAGUCAUUGAUGAAUUGGAUAAACAUAACAGACCAGUGCAGAAAAUUGUGCUCCUGAAUGGACCACCUGGUUUAGGAAAGACAACUCUGGCACAUAUUAUAGCAAAACACUGUGGCUACAAUGUGGUGGAAAUGAAUGCUAGUGAUGACCGAAGUGCUGAUGUGUUCAAAACCAAACUAGAGGCCGCAACUCAGAUGAAGUCAGUGUUAGAAUCGGACCCCCGACCCAACUGUCUGGUGAUUGAUGAAAUUGAUGGGUCACCUCAGGCCGUCAUCAACAUUCUUUUGAAUUUCGUGAAAAGAUCAGAUGAACCAGGCCAAAAAAAGAAGAAGAAGGAUGAGGGCAUUCUUCUCCGGCCCAUUAUUUGUAUCUGCAAUGAUCAGUAUGUUCCAGCCUUGAGACAACUGAGAAUGAAUGCUUUGGUGAUUAAUUUUCCGCAGACUGAGCCAGCCAGACUGGCCAGUAGACUCUCAGAGGUAGCAAAGUCGCAGAGUUUGCGGACAGAUCUGAACACACUGCUGGCUCUGUGUAACAAGACAGAAAACGACAUCAGGUCCUGUAUAAAUACACUGCAAUUUUGCUUUAGACAGAAAAAAGAGUUGACAAUGAGGACUGUCCAAACUAUGAAUGUUGGCCAGAAAGAUUCCAACAAAAGUUUGUUCUCAAUGUGGUAUGAGAUAUUCUCACUGCCAAGACAAAAAAAAAACAAAUUUAUAAGUUUACAUGAUAUUCAAGGACAAGACUGGAAAAAGAAUGAUAAUCUUUCUCUAGAAUCAAGGUUUAAGAAUGUUCUACAUGCUGCACACUGUACAGGAGAAUACUCAAAGCUUAUUCAAGGGAUGUUUGAAAAUUACUUAGAAUGCAAGUUUAAAGAUCCUAAAAUGGAAGGGCUGGUGCUAGCCAAUGAUUGGCUGUGUUUCACUGACCUCUUGAACUCCCAGAUAUCAUCAACCCAGAACUACAGCAUCAUGCCUUACAUACCCUACAUAACAGUGACCUUUCACCUUUUGUUUGCUACCAAUCAGACUCAAAGAAUUCAAUAUCCCCAUGCUGAUCAAGAUGCGUUCUUACAGAGACAGAAGAGUGGAAACUUGGUGACCUCACUGAUGUCCGACAUGCUGCCCUCUGUUCGUAUGUUUGUCAAUGAAACAGACGUUGUCAUGGAGAUCCUUCCCCCUCUGCUGGAAAUCAUACAGCCAAACCUCCGGCCUGUUAACACCCAGUUAUACAGUGUGAAGGAGAAGGAAGACUUAGCACAGCUAAUCAGGACAAUGAUUGCUUACAACAUGACCUACAACCAGGAGAAAACACCAGAGGGCCAGUACACUUAUGUCCUAGACCCAAACAUGGAGGAGGUGGCUAGAUUCACGGGAAUGAAGCAACACAAACAGCUGACUUAUGCUGCCAAGCAGCUGAUCUCAAGAGAGAUUGGUUUAGAAAGGUUAAGAAGAAAUGAGACUCCAGGUCUAAGCUCUAAGGAGACUAAAAAGAAGUUGGAGAAAAAUUCAGAUGUUGUCCCCAACCAUCUACAGAGAUUGGAAGCGAAACCAGUCAUGAGUCGAGAAGAAGCGUUUACAGCAAGAGAAUAUUACAAACAUACACACAACUUACACUUUAAUGUGAGUAGAGGAAAAAAUAAACAAUUGUAAUGGUUUUGUACAAAAUAUAUAUGAAGUAUGAAUGUACAUUUUCUUAUGUAGAUAAAUAUAUAGGAAUUAAUAACCAGGAGGUUUAGCCUUCUUGUUAAAAAUACUGAUAAAUUGACAUAACCUGCUUAAUAAGCUCACAUUGUUUGGGGAAAAAAGCUCAUUGAAUUAGACAAU